CGAACCAGAAAUCAACAGACCUUAAGCGGAGAACUCCGUAAUUCUGUUUGCGAAUUACGGCUUUCGUUCUGAUCGAAACCCUCAUCCAUGGCUUCUCUCUCGUCUCCGUAUACUCCAACUACACGUCUUCCUGUCCCGCUUCCUCAAUCUGUCUCUUCUCCGAGAGAUUCAAUACCUUUCUCCAGACAACGCUCCAGAUUACCCAGAAAAUCGAUAUAUGUGGUAGCUUGUUCGCCUCCCAAAGCUCUUCCGACGACCGAGCAGGAAAUUCUUGAGAUCGUCGCUCAAACGGAUGGCAAGAAAGAGAAGAGCCUCCCUGCUGUGAGAUCAUACGAGAACGACUUGGCUCGGUUGACUUUGAUAGGGGAAGUAGCUUUCGAGCAAGCAUUAACUGCGGCAGCUGCUGAUGGUGGCGAAGCUGCAGACGAGCACAUUGCUUCUGGUAUGCCCACCAUGGUCGUUGAGACUAUAUUUCCCGGUCCUUCAGAAGAUAACAGCACAGUCUCGACCAGACUGUUUUUGCCUGCACGAAAAGUCAAAGAGAAAGCCAGGAAACUUAGAUAUGCUCUCACACCAGAUAUCUUAUCCAGUAAUGCAUCCAAAAAUAUACUUGCAAUGACAUUUAGGCAAGUAGUUUUGCACCACAUUUGGAGUUUUGAGCUGGCAUUAUUCAGCCCAGGAACUGAGAGAAAUAUGGUGGAUCUUGAGAAUCCAAGAGAGCAGGUUCCAGCAUUUUUCACUCUUAGUUCAUCUAAUGAGAGAGUUCUUUCUGUCCUUGCUGAAGUUGUUUGUAUGUCUGCUCUUGAAGACACAGAGAAGGAUUUCCUUGGAAAGUCAUUGGGUAGAACUUCAAACAAUAUCUUCCAUUGGUUUCAAAAUCCCAGAAGGAUUGUUUCAAAGGAUUCCUCAGUUUUCAUAUAUAGAAUGUUUCAGGAUGAGAUGGUAGAAAAUUCCAAGAGUCUUUUAGAAAAAUUUAAUGCAGUAAAGGCAGAUGUCAGGGAUUUAAAAAUGAAGAACCAGUGGUGGACAUCAUCAACAUAUUCAAAGUUGGAAAGAUUUGGUGGUCCUGAGUUCAGUGCUUGGGCAAGAGAGUAUAUACCUGCUUACAGGCUACAAAUUGAUGCUGAUAAACUUAAGGAUGUAAAGUUUGAUGGCUGGAAAAAGUCAGCGGACAAUAGGUGGGAAGUUCUUUUGACCCACUCCCAGAUGGUUGGCCUAGCUAAUAUUUUAGAUAUGUACUAUGAAGAUGUGUACACUCUCCCAGAUAAACAGCUGUCAUGCAGGGUGGUUAGUGAUUUUACUAACUUAUCAAUAGAUAAGGAAAGAUCUUUGUGGAAAUUACUUUCUAUCAUUCUUUCAAGUGGAGUAAUUCUAUUCUCCAUUGGUGUUCUAGCUCAACUUCAUUGGCCUCAGAUGGUCAGAAAACGUCCUGCAGUAAAUUUUCCAGCUCCAGUCUCUGAAGUUGGCUGCUACCAGCAUCAGUCUCUUGAAGCAACGAAGUUGGGAGCUCUAUGCAUCUCUAUUGUCCAGAAGAUCAAGGAUGCGUAUGGUUGGCCUGGGGGUAUAACAAUGGACAGAAACAUUGGUGCCUGGACUGGGGAACUCCCAAGAUACUUUUGGAGGGACGAGAAUGCUCUAGUUCAAGAGGAUAUUUCCAGCAUUGAAGUAGAUAAUAUAGCUUCCUCUGUUUCAUCAGAUACAGGCAAUGAUGAAAUAAAAACAUCUGUACAGGAUAUUGCUAGUUAUCAGGUCGUUUUAUCAAAAGAUGGUAAGAUAAUUGGGUUUCAGCCUAUGAGCCGAGUGGCUGUUAAUCACUGGGGAGGCAAUCCCUUAGCUAAGGAGUUGUACAAUGGGAAAAAGCUUUCCCCUGGUCUUAUGGAACCUGGUCUAAAGAUCCCUCGUCCAGAUGAAGUUGUUGUAAUUGAGUUGUUGAUGUCGAUCAACCCUGAAUCCUGGUUUGCACUUGCUAGGCCUGUACAAUAUUUGAGCUAUCAGAAUGACCGUGGUAACCACAAGUCAUUGUAGAUUUUGAUGAUUGAAAUUUUAUUCACAGCUAAUACAUUCCCGCAUUAAUUUUUGUUUGCUUGGAGUGGCUAACAGCAUUCUCAAAAUUGAAAUUGAGGGCUACUGGUAAUUUUGCUUGUAUGGUAGCCCUGCAGUUCAUGAUGACAAAACUUCCCUCAAAUGUCAAGAAUUGUGUAUGUUGCCAACAGUAAAAUGAGGAGAGAAGGAAAGAUUAUUUGUGGAUAA